UCAGGGGGCUAAGGACGAAGUAGCGGGUGGAGAUGGGAAGACAAGGGAAGGCAUUUGCACAGCCGUCUGGGAAACGGAGUCCUCGUGCUGGCGCGGAGGAUCCUGGGUGGAGUAGCUCAGAGGAGACUCGCGCGGCACAGGAAGUGGCUGCGAGGAGGCGCGUGUGAGGGGAGUUGGGUUUCCGGCUCCUUCCCGACUGCGUUCGCUUCUGUUAACACGGCGGACGGCAGUCUCCAGGGAGACUCACGUUCUGACUCAUCCUCCUCCUGCUGGACGUUUCGGGGGCUUCUCCAGCAAUGGCCAGAGAGGCAGCCGUAGGAGGAAGGGACCCUCUCUCCCAGCUCCCCUGUCCUGUCUGCUGCCCUGCUGGCCAGGAUUGUGGAGGGGAAGGAGGGGGAGCUUAAACGAGGACUGCUGGGCCCUGGUUGGCUAUGACUGAGCAAUUUUCGACCCUCAAAGAUACAGCCAUGGACUUCACCUUGGACGACUGGGAGCAGCUGGGGCUGGACCAGGGGGACCUGUUCUGGGACACAGCACUGGACAAUUACCAGAGCCUCUUCCUGCUAGACCCCCUCAGACCCAACCUGGUCUCCCAUCCAGAGGCUGGGGAAGCGCUGGAGUCCCUGGUGAAAGGAAGCCCAGAGUCAACAGCCCCUGACAUGGCUGAGGCCAAGACCUCUCUGCCACUGGACAUCUUGGAGGAAGGACUCUCCCAGGAGACUGUGGAGAUGUUUUCCAAGGAUGGCCUCUGGAACUCCCCUUUGGGAGAAGCCUGCAUAGACCAGAGCUGGUUAGACAGUUUACUCAGAGAUCCAGAAGGUCUUCUGAGGGCCGAUACUGUUACCAGCAAGGGAAGUCCCACAGAAUGCAAGAGCCACGAACUCAAGAGAGGCCUCAGCCCCGAGUCCUUCCUCUUCCCAGGAGCAGAUUCUGUGAUGCCCGAUUGUCCUGAAGAGAGCCAGACGCCAGCUAAGUCUCAGGAAUUUGGGAAUAACUUUGGCUACUACUCAGAUCAGAGCCAGCAGGAUACCAUCCAGGGAGGGGAGACACCAUAUAAAUGUAGUGAAUGUGGGAAGAGCUUCAGCCAGAGUUACCAUCUUAUCCAGCACUGGAUUAUCCACACUAGGGAGGAACCUCCUGUGCAGCAAAAGUACGAGAAAGAUUUCAACCAAGGUUUUUGCCUUUUUGUGCAACCUGUGCCUGACACCAGCUACAAAUCCUACGUGUCUAACAAGUGCGGGGAAACUUUUAGUCAGAACACACACCUGUGGCAUCAGAAAAUUCACACUGAAGAAGAACCAUGUAAGAGUCAAGACAGUGACUGUCCAUCGGGUCACAAAGCACAGCCUGUGGAGCACCAGAAAACCCACACCAGGAGGAAAUCCUCCAAAUGUAACAAACGUGGCAAGAGUUUCAGCCGAACUUUUCCUCUCACUCACCAUCAGAGGGCCCACACUCGGAAAUGCUAUGAAUGUGCCAAAUGCAAGGUGACCUUCAACUUUAAAAAAUACCUUCUCCAACAUCAGAAAACUCACGCCGUGAAAACGACCCCCGAGUGUCAGGACUGUGGGAGGGCCUUCAAGCGAAGGUCCUUGCUCGUUGAACACCAGUCUGUUCACACUGGAGAAAAGCCUUAUAAGUGUGAUGAGUGUGGGAAACCCUUCAGCCAUAUCCUGACCCUCAAGAUCCACCAGAGGGUUCACAGUGGAGCAAAGUGUUACAGAUGCAGUGAAUGUGGGAAAGCCUUUUACCGCAAUACUCACCUUAGUGAACACCGGAGGAGUCACACGGGCUACAGGCCCCACAGGUGUCACCAGUGUGUCAGGAGUUUCAGCCGGCCCUCCCACCUGAUUCGACACCUGUCUGUCCACGCCACUGAAAAGCCCUACACCUGUGCUGAAUGCAAGGCGACCUUCAGCUGUAAUGAACACCUUGUUCAGCACCAGAAAAUCCACGCUGUGGAAACUCCCUACGAGUGUCAGGAGUGUGGCGAGCGCUUUGUUUGCUGCUCGACCCUAACUUGCCACCUGAGUGUUCACACUGGAGAACAACGGGGACAUGACGAGGGCAGGAAGACCCUGAACGAGAACCCAGGGCAGAGAGUGCAUCCAGGGGUUGGCGAGAAGCACUUUAAAUGUGACAAAUGUGGGAAGACCUUCAGCCGCAGCAAAUACCUGGCUCAGCACAAGAGGGUCCAUGCCAGGGUGAAGCCCUUCGAGUGUAACCAAUGCGGGAAAGCUUUUGGCCAAAGUACACAGCUCAGCCGCCAUCAGUGGACCCACUUUGGAGUGAGGCCAUAUGAAUGUGGGGACUGCGGGCAGACCUUCAUCCGUAGCACCUCCCUCACCAAACAUCAGUCCCUCCACAGGAGAGAGCACACCUUUACAUGUAAUGAGUGUGGAAAGACGUUCAGCCAAAGCACAUGCCUCACAGAACAUCAGUUAAUCCACGCUGCAGGGGAGUCAUUUAAACCUAGCAAGUAUGAUGAAGCCUUUGCCCACAAUCACCCCCUUAUUCAGCACCAGGGAACUCAGGCUGGAAAGAAGUCCUUUGAGUGUCAGGAAUGUGGGAAAACGUUCCAGCAGAGCUUGUGCCUUUCCAAGCAUCAGAGAGUUCACACGGGUGAGAAGCCCUACAAAUGCAGCGACUGUGGGAAAACCUUCAGCCUGGGUGCUCAACUCACUCAACACCGGAGAGUUCACACCGGAGAAAAGCCUUACAUGUGUGAGGAAUGCGGGAAAACCUUCAGCCAGAGCUCAUGCCUUUCUAAGCAUCAGAGAGUUCACACAGGCGAGAAGCCCUACAAAUGCGGCGACUGUGGGAAAACCUUUAGCCGGGGCGCUCCGCUCGCCCGACACCAGAGAAUUCAUACUGGAGAAAAGCCUUAUGUGUGUCAGGAAUGUGGGAAAGCCUUCAGCCAGAGCUCGAGCCUUUCCAAGCAUCAGAGAGUUCACACCGGGGAGAAGCCCUAUGUGUGUGCAGAAUGUGGGAGAGCCUUUGCCCAGAAAGCAAAUUUGACGCACCAUGAGAGAACUCACACUGGGGAGAAGCCCUAUGCUUGCGAUGUGUGUGGGAAGGCUUUUGGCCUCAGUGCCCACCUCAGUCAGCACCAGAGAGUUCACACCCAGGAGAAGCUGUACCAGUGUCAACACUGCCAGAAGGCCUUUUGCUGCUGCUCUGGUCUCGGCCAACAUCACUGAGUUCACACUUGAAAGCAGCAAGUAGCAAUCCUACCCAUGGCUGCUGGCUGGCAGCAGGGCCCCAGUCAGCUGAGAAUGUGUUCUUCCAAGGCCCAAAGUUGAAACCAUCGCAGUGUAAGCCUCCAUCAAUAAAUAGUAACUCUCUUUAUUAAUAAAGAUUGAGUAGAACAUUUGCACACAUGAUUUUGAUUAAAACACAAAAAUUGAGACGCUGUGUGGCAUUGGAAUUCAGAGGUAGACUGGAACCGGUCUGCUGGCUUGGAUCCCAGCUCUGCUCUGGUGAUACCUAAGUGACCGAGGGAGAUUCGGGGAACCUCUCAGGGCCUCAGUGUCCUCAUCUGUAGGACGGCUCUUUAACUGCAAUUAAUGUGAUUACUAAUAUGAUGCAGAGCUUUCAUUUUUAAAGUUUUUCUCCAAAAUACCCUGGGCUUAACUGGUUCUAAAACCCCAGCACUUUGAUCUUAAAAAAAAAAAAAAAAAAAGUCUAGCCUUUUCCUUCCCUCCAUCUCUCAGCUCUGUCCAGGUCUUUUCUUAACGAACCCACCAAAAGCCAAGGCAGGGGCGGGGACUCAUAUUGAUACAUGUUCAGUGAAGAGUCUUGACACCAAAUAGAGGUCAGGGGUCCUGUGGGAAAUUGGCAGCCAUUGUGUGUGUGUGUUGGGGCGGGGGGAAAUCUAUGUAACUGUGUCACUGCAGGCCAGUGUAGAAAUGCGCUUCAUGUCUGUGUGUUGGUUCUUUGAUUAAAGUUUUAAGUCUCUAAA